CAUCCUCCUCCUCCUCCAAAGCAAUCUUCUCAACCCUUCAUUUCCUUUCCUACUCCACACUAACACUUCCACUAGUCCAAAUGUUAGAACUAGGGAACCCCACCAUUUCCACCUUAUCCAUGAAGAAGAAGAAGAAGAAGAAAGUCCUCUUAGUAACACUUUCUUUCAUCCUUCUCAUUGCCACUGUAAUCGGCAUUGUCGCCGGCGUAACCUCCCGCAAGAACUCCGGUAGCAAACACUCCCCGGGGCAUACCAUUCUCAAAUCUUCAUGCAGUAUCACUCGUUACCCAGACCUAUGCCACUCCGCAAUCGCCACCGUCCCCGGCGCCAUUGACAAACUAAUGAGCCAGAAGGACGUGAUUGAAAUCUCUCUCAACAUCACAACCACCGCCGUGGAACACAACUACUUCACCAUAGAGAAGCUUAUAGCCACCAAGAAGAAGAGCUUAACCGAAAGGGAGAAGACAGCUCUACAUGAUUGUCUAGAGAUGGCGGAUGAGACAUUGGAUGAGUUAUACAAAACAGCCCAAGAUCUCAAUCAGUACAGAAAAGUAAAGAAAACGAUAUCUCACCACGCGGCUGACCUGAAGACACUGGUGAGUGGUGCAAUGACGAACCAGGAUUCAUGCCUAGACGGGUUCUUGCAAGAGGGAGCAGAUAAGGAGGUGAGGUCAGUGCUGGAGGCAGGUCAGGUGCACGUGUACAAAAUGUGUAGUAACGCAUUGGCCAUGAUCAAGAACAUGACGGAUACCCAUAUGGCUGAGGAAAGGAAGGAGAGAAAGCUGAUGAUGAUGGAUGGUGACAAGAGAGAGAGUGAUGAGAUUGAAUUUCCGGAGUGGUUGUCAGUGGGUGAUCGGAGGCUGCUGCAGGCAACUACGGUGACGGCGGAUGUGACGGUGGCGGCUGACGGGAGUGGGAACUUUAAGACGGUGGCGGCAGCAGUGGCGGCGGCGCCGGAGAAGAGUAGUAAGAGGUAUGUGAUAAGGAUAAAAGCAGGUGUGUACAAGGAGAAUGUGGAGGUGCAUAAGAAGAAGACCAAUAUAAUGUUUGUGGGAGAUGGGAGGAAGAACACCAUUAUCACUGGUAGCAGGAAUUUUGUUGAUGGUAGCACCACCUUCCACUCUGCUACUCUUGCUGUGGUUGGGGAGCGGUUCUUGGCUCGGGAUAUUACAAUCCAAAACACCGCAGGUCCAUCGAAGCACCAGGCCGUGGCACUUCGGGUCGGGUCAGACCAAUCGGCCUUCUACCGGUGCGACAUACUAGCAUACCAAGACACCCUCUACGUCCACUCCCUUCGCCAAUUCUACGAGGGGUGCCUAAUUUCCGGCACUGUGGAUUUCAUAUUCGGGAACGCAGCAGCCGUAUUCCAGAACUGCGAUAUCCAUGCCCGACGACCCGGAUCGGGUCAAAAGAACAUGGUGACAGCUCAUGGUAGAGAUGACCCGAAUAUGAACACCGGGAUUGUGAUCCAGAAAUGCAGGAUUGGUGCCACUUCGGAUCUGGAAGUAGUGAAGAGCCAGUUUCAUACUUACCUGGGAAGGCCAUGGAAGGAAUACUCGAGGACCAUUGUGAUGCAAUCAUCUAUAAGUGAUGUUAUCAAUCCGGUCGGGUGGCAUGAGUGGAUGGGUAAUUUUGCACUGGAUACUUUAUUUUAUGCAGAGUAUCAGAACACUGGGGCUGGUGCAGGAACAGCAAAUAGAGUGAAGUGGAAGGGACACAAGGUGCUCACUAGUGCCACUCAGGUUCAGGCCUUCACUGUUUCAAGCUUCAUUGCUGGUCAUUCUUGGUUGGGAUCCACUGGGUUUCCUUUCUCUCUUGGUUUAUGAAUGAAUAAUUGAGUUGGUGAUCCAUCUCUACAUAAAAAAUUGAUCCCAGUAUUAGGAUAAAAAAGGGAUUUUGUUAAGGAAACUCUUAUAUCUAUUAUGCUGUACUAAUCAUGCUCUUGCCUUUGAAAAUAGAGUAAUGAACCUGGCCUUCUCUGCACUUCUUGGGUCUUUGAUCAAUAUAAUGCAACUUUGUUGGUUUGUCCGUUC